AUGUCAGGUGUUUUGGAAAUUUGCUUUAACGGGACUGGAAGUCCGGCGUCCCCAAGUGCCACUGCGGCUCAAGAACUUUGCAACGCCAACUUGUACGACCCCUACGACAAGCACUUUGAGGAGCUUCUUUACAGAUGCCUUGCAAAUGCCCCUCUGGAGGCGCUAGAGCAAAUCGAUCUGAAGCAGGAAAAAAAUUGGGUUUUGUUUGCCGAUGGGUAUUACUUUCCCAAAUCUGGUCACCAAUCAAUGGAUAGAUCAAGCCGUGGACAUGACUUUUUGAUUGGCCUCACCACCGGCGAAUGGGCGUUUUUUGAAAAUCUGUUUGCAAAGUACAUGGGCAAGACGGACUACUCUGGCGCUAGAUUUCGCAAAACCAUCACCACUUACAUGGGAAUUUCCGACAAACGGCUUAAUACUUUGGAGAAUUUUUACACUCAAAAAUACGACCCGAAGCUGUAUUCGACGAGAGCAACGACUAACGAAACAGCGAUCACAGCCGAACAAUGGUUUUGGUUUGAAGUCGUGGUCAACUCAAUGACCGACCUUGUGUUUCAUGUUCCCAUAGUCACCGAAGUCGAAAAACUGAGAAGUGCUAGGGUGCCUCCUUCGCUUUUUGUUUACACCUAUAACGCGACUUUGGCGGCCCCAUCUUGGAAUCAAAAUCAGCACGCAUCGCAUUCAGAUGAGCUUCCGGCGCGAGAUUUAAUCCAAACACUUGGAAUAAACAAGAGCCAAGGACCCAAAAGGGAGUUUGACUGCGGCAAAACGAGCGUGGACCCAACUUCUUGGAACUUUGGCCCAAGAAAUCUUAAGAUUCAUCAAGGAGUGGAUUCUAAAGAUUCAAGCUACCCCUAUUUUGUUCGCGUGGAACAUGUGGAUGAGACAACUAAUCUGAAGACCAAUUGCGGCGGAUCCUAUAUUGCCCCAAAAUGGGUUCUGACGGCGGCAAGCUGCGUCCGAAAAAAUGUCCGAUGGUAUUACUAUUUGAGCUACAGGUUCAGGCCAGGCAAUAAAUUUGAGGUACAAGCUCAAAGCCAGACUGCUCGUGUUUGGGAUCACGGUGACGUCGCUCUCUUAGAGCUGGAAACGGAUAUUGACACCAGUGAUGAUCUUGGAAAGCGAGUAUGCCUCGAAGCCAGGGGCUUGACACUGAAAGAGCCGAUGCUCGCUUUUGGAAUGGGAGACGGAGAAAAAGCCAAAGUUCAAGAAGCCAUUUUACGUGCCGAAUGUCUUGAUGAACAAGACACCUUCUGCGGGAGAUUCCGGUGGCCCGCUUGUAGCAAAAUUCGGUCAGCUUUGGUACCAAGUGGGAAUCAUGAGCGACUCGUCCAGCCUUGGAUACACGAGAGCGACUCCGAUCACCCCGGAACUUUGCGAGUGGCUCAA